UUUAUGGAUGAAACCUCAUGUCAGAUUAAUAAUACGAAUGUAUACGGUGUCAGUUACGUCAGUAUAAGAAAAUACAGUCAGAUUGUGAUUACAUGUACACCCAAUGCUAAACCUGCUUUUGGUUGUUGACUGAAAAUCUAUUUUGUUAAAUGCUACAAAGCGGAAGUUAUUAUCAACAUGGUAAAGUUAACAGAUUCACAUUCAGUUGUUAAAGGAAAAAGAAAAGGCUCCAACACAGGAAACUUGAUUAAAAAAGCAAAGUGCAGUGAUAGUUUUGGUGAUGCCUCAGUAUUCUGUGAGCUGGUUGGUAAUGCUGGGAUCUCUCUUAAAGAUGGCAGUACAAAUAAUGAAAUUAAUGUAAACCAGACUACUUUUCAAAAGAAACUAUCAGUAACAUUAAAAAAUCAUGGAAACUAUCCAGAGGUUGUCGAUGAUGUUAUCGAAGGAUUACAGUCAUAUAUUUUAGAACCUAAAAGAUUUCGUAAAAUGUUGAUGCCAACAAUUACUAGCGUUGAUUGUGAUAGUGCCAGGGCGUCUAUACAAGAUAGUGUUAUUCAUAUUUUGAUGGGUAUUGAUAUUUUACAGAUGCAGGUGAUGAAUCUUGUCCUGGAAAAGCUUCCUGAAAUUACAGCAGAUGAUGAUCAUUGUGAUGAAAAUGGGGAAAAGCUAUUAAUGCCCAAAUUACUCUUGAGUCAGUUCUUAUGGCUAGAUAAAAUAAUAGACUGCAAGUGUCUUACAACAAGGAUGAUUGAAAUGAUCAGUAUCACGUCUAUAGAUGUACAGAGAGAAAUAAUAACAUGUUUACCGGAUAUAGUAGAAGACUCAGAACAUUCUACAGUUGCAAAAGCUCUUAGAGAUUUUAUAUUGGAGAGCAAUAAGUUGAUUUUACCUGUUCUGGAUGCAUUAUCAAAUUUGAACCUUUCUCCAGAACUUAUAACAGAAAUAAGGGAAUCAGUAUUAAAAAAAUUGGAUUCUAUAGAAUUAGAAAAUUUGCCAAUUGUUAUAAAAUUCCUCUUGCAAACUGUCUCAAUUCAAGAUACGUGUGAGGUUGUUAGAGAAAUUCGACGCAAGUUAGUUUUGAAAACUGGUAUGACAAAGUCAUCCACAGAUUCCUUGAACAAAUUGAUGCAUACAUCUGAGAAGGGAUUGGUAGCACUUAUUUUGGAAGCAAUUAAAACAGGAAUUAAUUUUCAGAAAAGUGUGGCAGAAGGUUUUAUUAAGGCAAUAGAAGAAAUCAGAAAUCCAAAUGAUCAGAAAACAAUUGAUGUUUGUAUACUUUUUGUUAUCUAUUCGACAAAUCGAAAAAAGACAGUAGAAAGUUUGUUCCGGAAUAAAAUUCGUACUGGUUGUUUUUCAGAAGAUUUGUUUCAUACAACGCUUAAUUCACAUUCACAGGCUCUACAGGACUUUUUCCCAAGUAUCCUAUCUUUAGCUGAGGUAUUAUUAAGAUCCCCAGAGCCAACUAUAAAUUCCCUAGCCUGUUUUCUUUAUAUGCAGUGUUUUAUUGUCUUUGAUGCUUUGUGCAAACAGGAUGUGAUUGGUAAUCUUGUUAUGCAUAUUGGGAGUGGAGCAGAUGAUGAAAUCAAUUCAUCAUUAGACAUUCUUUCACAUCUCAUAGAAAAUCAUUUGAAGUCAAUGAUACCUUAUGCUGUAUUAGUAAAGGGUGUUCUGGAUUAUUUAGAUAAUCUGUCUAUUACACAAAUACGUAAUCUUUACUCCAUGUUGAGUUGUUUGGCUUUUUACAGUUCUGCAGAAACCAGUCCCAUACAGGAUGACAUGCACAUUAUUAUCCGGAAACAACUCUCCAGUUCGAAUCCUAAAUACAAAUGUAUUGGUGUUAUUGGUGCUGUCAUGGUUGUUAAAAUUAUUGCUGCUGUCGGUGACAAAAGAGAAUCUUUAAAUGAAGAACUAUGUCACCAAGUUGUAAGUUUGUUACAAUUGGUGAGAAAUAGUAGUUCAGUUUUGCCUGAAGUAUUUGCUCUCUUUAUGGAUGAACUGUCAACAGUUUUGAUAAAAGGUGAACUUGCAUCCACAAUUAUGGAAUGGAUUUCGGAUAAUGUUACCUGUGAUUUCCAAGAUGAUUUUGUUGUGGAUAUUGAACAAGAAAAGUUAGAAAAGCAGUGGUUUGUUCCUAUGGAGUUAUGUCUUGGAUUGAACAAUAUAGAAGAAAGUACCAUUGCUAUAGAUCUUUUACCACUGGUUAUGAGAAAUGCUGUUAGAGAUUCCUUUAUUCGAGGUACUCAAAGAAUUCCUGAGCCUAUGUGUUUGUCUUCCCAUUUCCGUUUGGUACAAGUAUGUGAGAAAAGACAAGAAGAUGGUAAUUUGGAAGGAAUCGAUGCAUUACUAGGUUGUCCGCUGUACACUGUUCAGAGAGCUGUUGUUGAUAAGAUAUCCUUAUUAUCACAGAAAGUUAAAGCAGCUAUUUGCAAAACAUUGUUUCAUGAAGUAAAUUGGUUUAUUGAGAUUGUUAAUGGAUUUGCACUACAAAGUGAUAGAGAAAUGAAGAGAAAAGUUGUCUACAGAUUACAGAACAUUCUAGAUAGUUGCAAGCUAUUGGAGAUAUUUUUAGCAGAAACAACUCAUUUUAAAGCACCAUUAGCACAUUUUGAUCUUGAAGAUCAAAAAUUGUUAUGUGAUCAAUCCAGUUCUAGUGACGGUUCGAAACGUCCUAUGGAAAAGAAAUUGGAAAAGGAGGAUUCAAGUGACUUAAAUGAAACAUCUAACACUUCCUUUCAAAAUCUAGAGGAAUCACAAAGUGCCAAGGAACUGGUUACUAGGGAAGGAAAGGUGGAAUGUAGAGUAUUAUCAUUACAAGCAAAUUACAGACACUAUUUUAGAGAAUUAGACAUGGACGUUUUUAAUUUAUUGCAAAUAGUCCUUAUAUCUGGGCCUGCAGUGGAUACAGAUGGCAAUAAUAAGACUCGGACAACAGAAUUGUUGAAAUUGACACCUCCUCAAUUAAAUUUUUUGUUAAAAGAUUUGGCAGAGAAGUUGGCGCAUGCUUUGACAACACCCAAAAGGAGAACUGCAUUCAAGACCAAAAGAGCUAGACAUGCAGUGUUCUCUCAUCUUGAUCAGUAUUCAUCAAAAGAAAUAGCCACUAAAGUCAUUGAUCUACUACCUUCAUUAUGCACACAUUUAGAGGAAGCACAUGCUUUUCUCCAGAUUCGAAUUUCAGAUGAUGAUUACAUGGUAGAUGGAUUGGAAUCAGAGGGUAGAGAACUGGAAACCAUGUCAGCUGUUUUCAAACAUUUAAUUGAAUCCUUUUUUUAUCUUUUCACAUGGAAUGGAUUUCUUAUGAAUGAAAACAAUUGUUUAUUAAAAAGUGCACUGGCUGAUCUAGUUUCACAUGUUAAAAAUAAACAUUUAAGGCAAGAUUCUCAGCAGUACCUAGUAAGGGAAACCUUUCAGUACUUUAAGAACUUUUCUACUACAAUCACUGACUUGGAGACUGGCUUGAUGUUAAUAGAACUAUUGAAAGCUUUGGCAGAUAUAGACAAGAGUAGUGAGUUAUACCCUGAAAUUGCUACACUAUCCAAUGAGAUGUUAAAGCAGAAAUGGCUGAGAACAGAUGGUGAGAGAGCGAAAGGAGCUAAACAUAACGAGCAGCUAAAAACAGUUAUCAGGUAUUAUAUGAUACACACUGAAGAUCCGAUCAAGUCUAUUGAAGCUUUAGCUUCAAAAGCGUUUCCGGAGUUGAUGGAAGCAGACAGAAAUAGUUGUUCUGAAACUUACAAAUCUCUUACAAGGAAUUCCCUUCCAGUUUAUUUCCAUGUUAUAUUCAGCCAACUGGUGGAAAGUAGUAAAUUGAUUUCUACAGUAAAGCCAACAGACAAUGAGCAGUUGAAAGAGGACCAAUUAAUAAAAUGGAAUAUUGCUGUGAGAAUACAUCACAUCUUAGUUGACUUGUUAAAGGUAUUUGAUGGAAGGGGAAUACUUGGUACAGUGCUAAAGUAUGGUCGACAGUUUGUAGAAGUGUUUCAUAGACAAGCUAUGCCUUUACUGGAUGGUAUGUUUAAAUUUCACCGUGAAGAUGUGCAAAGUUUAUUAAAAGCGCUGCAACUUAGUACCAGAACUUUACACCAUCUGUGUGGACAUUCUAAGAUAAUUAAAGAUGUAUCCUUAACAACCCAAGUACCAUUGAUGAAGAAAGCUUUAGAAACAUUGGUUUAUAGAGUUAUGUUAAUGCUAACUGUGAAUAAAUGUCACGAAGCAUUCUGGAUGGGUAAUUUGAAAAACAGAGAUUUGCAGGGAGAAGAAAUAUUAUCUCAAGGCUCAAGACUAUCUGUAAAUAUAGAGAAUACAGAUAAAAACCCAGAACAAGAGGCAUCGUAUGAAGAAUUAAAUGAAACGGAUGCACCAGACAUAAAUAUGAGUGAUGAUGAGAAAGAAUCUGAGGAUGCAUCAUGUAGUGAAAUAUUCUAAUUAAAAAUCUGAUUUAUUUUUAAAAUUAAACUAAUUAACCGAAAAGUAGGAAGUUCUAAAAACAAUUUUCAAUGACAAUAUUCCAAUAGGACAGACAUAAUCCUAAC